ACUUGGAAAUCAGCGUAAAGUAUUGUAAGCGCCCGUAAUUUGAUUUCUUAAGAUUUUAUUUAGCCAUUUCCGUUCAAUAUGGCGGCGGAGGGCUUCCUGUUUAUAUUUUGAUCCUCCCUCCCCCUCCCCGGAGCUCUCACAGGCAUGAUCACACAUUCACCUCACACCACUUUAUCAUCUUAAAACCUUGAUUGAUGGGGACUGUAUGAAACGUGUUUCAUCUUGGGGUCCAGUAGCUACAUCCUUGAGGCUUCUAGAUAAAAAUGGGCUUGAGACAGUGGCCAAAGCACUCUCCUCUGGGUGUUGGACCCUUAGUGAAUCAGGAAAUUUUGAAAUAUCAGGUUUUUUUGGAACAUCUAAUGUCCGUGGGAAUGCCCCUCAGUUGACCCUAGCACAAGGAAAUGUGCGCCCAGUCACUCAGGUUUCAGGUAGUGGAGGAUCUGCCAACAGUUCACUUCCAGUUACUCCUGAAAGGUCGCCAACAUUCCAGCAUGAUAAUUCCCAGGUGACAACACUUACAGAACUUGGUAAAAAGUUGGUGGCAGCUGCUAAAGUUGGUAAUACAAACCAAGUUCGAAGAUUAAUGGCCAUUGGAGCACCAUUUGCAUCAGAUGGGCCCAUUGGAAUGACUCCUCUUCACUUGGCUGCACAAAAUGGGCAUUAUGAAACCUGUGAUCGUCUGUUGUGUGCUGGUAUGAACAAAGAUGCACGGAACAAGGUAGAGAAAACUCCUCUACAUCUGGCUGCUAUGGAGGGUCACACGGAUAUUGUAUCUUUACUUGUCAAGACUGGGGCCAACAUAAAUGCCUGUGAUAUGUUAAAAAUGACAGCUCUGCACUGGGCAUGUGAUAGAGGGCAUACCUCAAUUGUUAAAUUGCUGCUGAAACAACAUGCUCAGACUGAUAUAGCUAACAA